AUGUUCACCGCUGAAUAUUCCAACGUCACCGAGGAAUUCAAGAAGUUCCGUGUGAUGGAUGUCAAAUACGCAGCUCCACACUCCCCCGAGCUCCGUGCUAGCCAAGUCAACACAGUCCUUCCUUCCAUCCCAACCUACUUCGACGCUCGUACCCGUUGGCCUAACUGCAGAUCCAUCAAAAUGAUUCGAAAUCAAGCAACAUGUGGAUCCUGCUGGGCUUUUGGUGCUGCUGAAGUCAUGUCAGACCGUAUUUGCAUUGCUAGUAUGGGCACCAAACAACCAAUUAUCUCUCCGACCGAUCUUCUUUCCUGUUGUGGAAAUUUCUGUGGUUACGGAUGUAAAGGAGCAAGUCCACUGCAAGCUUUCAGAUGGUGGAAUAAAAAGGGAGUUGUUACUGGGGGAGACUACCGUGGAAGUGGAUGCAAGCCAUAUCCAUUUGCACCAUGCACUGCUUUACCUUGCACAAAGUCCGAGACCCCAAGAUGUUCCUUGAACUGUCAACCAGCAUACUCAAAAGCCUACUCUAAGGACAAGAACCCCCGCGUACAUCGUUGGCAUGGACGUUGCUGCCAUCCAAACCGAAAUAUGACCAAUGGACCAGUGGAGGCUGCUUUCAUUGUCUACGACGACUUCAAUCACUACAGAAGCGGAGUGUACAGGCACGUUGCCGGAAAGCUUGUCGGAGGACACGCUGUCAAAAUUAUCGGAUGGGGAAUUCAGAAUGGAGCUCCAUACUGGCUGAUGGCCAACUCUUGGGGACCUUACUGGGGAGAAAACGGAUUCUUCAAGAUGCUUCGUGGAGUUGACGAAUGCGGAAUUGAAUCAACCAUCGUCGCCGGUAAACCUGAUUGUGGCUGUAAUUAA